ACAGCUGAGUAAUUUUCGAGUUAGUACAAUUGUGAAAUAUCAUUUAAGUUAAAGCUUUCUGCGUAUUUUAUAUAUAUUACUUCAAAUAAUUAUAAUAUCAUUCAAAGAAGUAUCAUACACAGAUCGGAUAUAAGUCAUAAUUUCUUUCUCUCCCAAAAAUAAUGGCGUCUGAAGUCAGUAAAACAUUCGAUGAGGAAUUUGAGGAAUAUUGGCAUAAAGUAUUCUACAUCACCCCAAGUAAAGAUACUAAAUGUGAUCCGUCAGUACUAGAGUAUUUUGGAGUUCUACGUUUAACUGACCUCCGAUCUCCUGAGCGGAAAUUGUGGUACAUCUAUUAUGCUAAGCAACCAGAAGUCGAUGAAACCCUAAAUCGUAUUUUCCACAAGUACGGCAAAAAAAAUAUGUGUGAAAUUUUUCGGAAACACACAUUUAGCGGCGUUGCAUUGCGUGCCAGAGUAAAAGCCUACUUCGAUGAUAAGAAGUGGCAUGUGAAAGGCAAUUUACUAGAGGCUCCAGCGAAAAGCUCCUACAACAACGAUCAAAUGAUUAAAAUAAUGACAGAACUCCACCAUGAGGAACGGAAAAUGCUUUAUAGCUUUUUGUGUAUGAAACAUAAUGGAGUCAUGACUUACUUUUAUUAAUGGCAUUCCAAUUUGGAAUUUUUUUUUUAAUAAAUCUGUGAUUUUUUAUAGUUACAUUUAAAAUAACAA